AUGGCCCUGUGCCACGACAUUGGCUACACAGAGAUGCGGCUGCCCAACUUGCUGGAUCAUGAUACAGCGGCCGAGGCUCUCCAGCAGUCAGUCAGCUGGCUGCCCCUGCUGGCCAGGGAGUGCCACCCUGAUGCCCGCCUCUUCCUCUGCUCCCUCUUUGCCCCUGUGUGCCUCGACAGGGUCAUCUACCCGUGCCGCAGCCUGUGUGAGGCCGUGCAGGCCAGCUGUGCGCCCAUCAUGGCCUGCUACGGCUACCCCUGGCCGGCCAUCCUGCACUGCGGCCGCUUCCCCGCCGGCCACGGGCUCUGCGUCGCGGCUCUCUCCAACGGCUCCCGCCUGGGCCGCCCACUGCCACAGGCCAGCUGCAGGGACUGUGAGUUGCAGGACGCCCGCUCGUCCAAGGAGGUCCUGGACGCGCUCUGUGCCAGCGACUUUGCAGUGAAGGUUAGGCUCUCCCGAUGCAACGGGUCAUCCUUUGGUCUCUCAGACUGCCACCUGGACUCCCGGCUAGAGGUGCUGAAGGCGGGCCCACUGCCUGCCGUGGAACUGGCCCCUACUCUGCGUCGCUGGCUGCAGCUGGAUGCCACGUGCGUGCACAACCUCUUGCGAGGAAGGCAUGCUGGGACCUACGUGCUAAGUGGGGAGGUGCAGGGCCCCCGGCUGCUGGUAACCACGGCCUAUGUUUGGAGCCAAGGCCACCGACAUCUGCAGCUGGCUGUGCGCAGGUGGCACCAUCACCAAUGCCCAGAAUAGGGGUUAAUACAGGCAGGGAGAGCCCGUGCCGCCCUGGACAUACAUAAAACCCUCUAUCUGCUGCCCUUCAUGGAUAUUUGCAGACCAGAAUCCAGAGAAACCCCAGGAAGGGCCCAAGCAGGGCAGAAGCCCACUUCUGUGGUCACAGCUAAGGGGCCCCUUCCUGAACUACAGUGCUCUGCCCAGACACGAAGGAGACUGGGUCCCUGGCAGGGGAGUGUGUGCUGGGUAGGCAAGACCACCUUUCUGUCCUUCUGUCCUUCCCAGGCCUGGGAUGACAGCCUGGCUAAUGCCCACAAGCCCUAGCAGCCCAAGCUGUCUCAGGGCAGGUGCAAAGCCUCAGGCUAUGCUCAUCCUGGGCGGGGUGCUGCUUGUCAAGCCCCACAGACUCAGUUUUAUCUGCCUGACCUUUACUGAGCCCACAGUUCCACCAAGCUGCAGGCCCAUGGAAGAGCAAAGGGAGUGGGGAGAAAUCCAUACAGAAAACUGCAUUGAGCUGCUUACAAACCUCAUCUUAUAUACACACACACAGUUUUUUCCCUAUUUCUGGGCCUCCAGUGUUUGUCAAGAAUACAGUCGUCUUAAAUAACUGCCUAAUUAUUUUC